CCUCUUUCUGCCCCUACCGACUGUGCUAUCAUUGAUUGUAAUUGAUUGACUGUAAUUCAUGACGUUAUUAGCCCAUCUGCCCAUAGAACCAGUUCUCAAUACAGCAUCUAUUGCUCUCAUCCGUCUCUUCCUAUUGCCCACUGAAUACGAACUGCAUAUAGUCCGAUGACUCCAAGCAUCCUGUAAGAUCCUCAGCUACCCGGAUCCUACACCUUCUAUUCCAAGCGAACUUGGCAGGAUUUGUCGAUGCCGCAAUAGAAAAAGUAGUAUGUUUUAGCCAAAGUUUAUCAUUUCCCCUCUGUUUCCCAUAACUCACGCAGCUCGUGCAUUAUGGACCAGGACGCUGUUACCGAUGGAGACAAGCAAGAGGCGGAAUCCCCUGCUAUUCUCCCACCGACCAUUCCUUAUUUUCCGGAUCACAUCUAUGGUGAGGCGGCGUACUUGAAUCUGCUACGUCAUAUAUUGUGUCAUGGUGUUGAACGAAGUGAUCGAACCGGCACAGGUACUCUGGCUGUUUUCGGACCACAGAUGCGGUUCAGUCUCCGAGACGACAGCUUCCCCUUGUUGACGACAAAACAAGUGUUUUUCCGCGGGAUCGUUGAGGAGCUCCUGUGGUUCAUCCGUGGUUCUACGGACUCUAAUGAGCUGGCGGCAAGAAAAGUUCAUUUUUGGGAUGCGAAUGGCUCGCGAGAGUUUCUCGACAAUCUUGGAUUCACAGAGCGGAAAGAAGGCGAUUUGGGUCCCGUUUACGGUUUCCAGUGGCGCCAUAGUGGAGCAGAUUACAUUGACUGUGACACGGACUACUCUGGUCAAGGUGUGGACCAACUUGCCGAAGUAAUCCGAUUGAUACGCGAGAGACCCUGGGAUCGACGCAUCUUGAUAGUUGCUUGGAAUGUCCGGGGUACGUUGACUUUUUUUCACGUUCAAAUUCUACGUUAUCGUUCGAUAGAUUUGAAACUGAUGGCACUCCCUCCGUGCCAUUGCCUGGUGCAAUUCUUUGUUGCAAACGGUGAAUUGUCUUGUCAAUUGUACCAGCGUUCGGGUGACAUGGGAUUGGGUAUCCCGUUCAACAUCGCGAGUUACUCCCUCCUGACCUACAUGAUUGCUCAUCUAACUGGACUUAAACCGGGCGAAUUCGUUCACACCAUCGGAGAUUCCCACGUCUACUUGAACCAUCGAGAGGCGCUGAGUGAACAGGUCAAACGUGUUCCUCGACCGCCUCCCAAACUCAAGAUUGUACGCCAAGUUUCGGAUAUCAAUGAUUUCAAGUUUGAGGAUUUCCAGCUUUUGGACUAUAACCCAUAUCCGAAGUUGAGGAUGAAGAUGGCAGGGGCGAGGGGGCUAGAGCGCGAAUUUACUGACCGAAAGGUCCGUGGUUUGAACCCGACCUCUACCUAUCGACUUCUGUGUAGGCUUGGGCAACCUGGCAGCAUCCCAGUUCUCGUGCUUGCUUCUGGUGGCAUGGCAGGGGCGAGGGGGCUAGAGCGCGAAUUUACUGACCGAAAGGUCCGUGGUUUGAACCCGACCUCCACCUAUCGACUUCUGUGUAGGCUUGGGCAACCUGGCAGCAUCCCAGUUCUCGUGCUUGCUUCUGGUGGCAUGGCAGUUAGGCACCGAAAGGGUGUUACAGCUGAAUGA